AUGUAGCUAUGCGUGUGUGUGUUUUUUUGAAGAACCCCUAGAAUCGACCCAUCAUGACAGAUCCCGAUAGCGAUUUCACCAGUGGGGAUGCUGGGGCUUCCGUAACCUACCCCAUGCAAUGCAGCGGUCUGCGCAAGAACGGCUAUGUGGUCUUGAAGGGGCGUCCCUGCAAGAUCGUCGAAAUGUCAACUUCCAAGACCGGCAAGCACGGCCACGCCAAGGUUCACUUGGUUGGAAUCGACAUUUUCACCAACAAGAAGUAUGAGGAUAUCUGCCCUUCCACCCAUAACAUGGAUGUCCCAAACAUCAAGAGGAAUGACUAUCAGCUGAUUGGAAUUACAGAUGGCUUCCUCUCCCUGUUGUUGGACAACGGCGAAGUCCGUGAGGACCUCCGGCUGCCAGACAACGAUCUGGGCAAAGAAAUCACGGCCAAAUACGAAGCUGGCGAUGAGAUGCUGGUCUCUGUGCUCUCUUCUAUGGGGGAGGAGUGUGCCGUGGCCAUCAAGGGCAUGACCAAGUAAACAGGGACAGACUGGCUGCUGAGGCCUGGGGCCUAUUCUACAGAUCUUACAUUUUGGUUCCAAUUGUCACCAAAGCUAUGGCCUUCACAAAACGACCUCAAAAUGGUUUCCGUUGUCUAUUCCAAAAAAAAAAAA